UUGGCGCAGGUGAUCUGUCUCAGGAUGCGCGAGGAGAGCGGAGAAGAGGGGAAGAGAGAGGGGAAACCGCCGAUGGUGAAGGGUCCAGGGCUCCGUUAACGGGGAAACAAGGAUACCGGCCCAUCUCCGUUUGUCCUGGGCAGCUGGGCAAUGACAGACUCACCGAACGGGGGACUUUGAGAUAUGAUGAGGCUUUUUUCUGGUUGGUUAUAGUACUAUGAUUUGGUAUGUGGCCACUUUGAUAGCAAGUGUAUUCAGCACCCGAGGAACGGCCGCUCAAGGUGCCCACGGAGUGCGAGAGGAGCCCCAGUUUGUGACGGCACGCGCAGGAGAGAGCGUCAUCUUGGGAUGCGACGUGCCUCACCCGCUGAACGGAAAGCCCUAUGUGGUGGAGUGGUUCAAGUAUGGAAUGCCAAUCCCUUUCUUCAUCAACUUUCGCUUCUAUCCUCCUCAUGUGGACCCAGAAUAUGCCGGUCGGGCCCGUCUGCACGGCAAGUCGUCCCUGCAGAUAGAGAACGUGCGUUCGGACGACCAAGGCUGGUAUGAGUGUAAAGUGCUCAUGCUGGAGCAGCAGUAUGACACCUUCCACAACGGCAGCUGGGUGCAUCUAACUGUCAACGCCCCUCCCACAUUCACAGACACACCACCUCAGUAUGUCGAGGCCAAGGAACGGGGGAGCAUCACGUUGAGCUGCACGGCGUUCGGCAACCCAAAACCCUCUGUCAGCUGGCUGCGAGAAGGCAGACUUCUGAUCAGCAGUGCCAAGUACAAGGUGUCUGAUGGGAAUUUAACGGUGCUAUCCAUCACCCGGGAAGAUCGCGGGGCCUACACGUGCCGAGCCUUUAGCUCCCAGGGAGAGGCCAUUCACACAACAAGGCUGCUAGUUCAAGGCGCUCCGUUUAUUAUAUCACCGCCAGAGAACAUAACGGUGAACAUCUCGCAGGAUGCCUUCUUCACCUGCCAGGCGGAGGCCUAUCCUCGCAACUUGACAUACACCUGGUUCUGGGAGGAGGACAACGUCUUCUUCAAGAAUGACCUCAAGCGGAGAGUCAGUAUUCUCAUUGAUGGUUCCCUCAUCAUUGUGCAAGUCAAGCCGGAGGAUACUGGGAGAUACACCUGUUCCCCCAGCAACAGCCUAGGCACACCACCGUCUGCCUCUGCCUACCUAGCAGUGCAAUAUCCUGCCCGUGUGGUAAACAUGCCAUCUGUCAUUUAUGUGGCCAUUGGUCUCCCAGGCUUCAUUCGCUGCCCAGUAGAUGCCAACCCCCCUCUAAUUCUGGUUAAGUGGAAAAAAGACGGUCUCCCUCUACGGAUAGACAAGUACCCUGGUUGGAGCCAGAUGGAUGAUGGGAGCAUCCGUGUUGCAGAGGUGACAGAGGAUUCUCUUGGCACCUACACCUGCAUGCCUUACAAUUCCCUGGGAUCCAUGGGAUGGUCUCCUCCUGCUCCCCUGGUGCUAAAGGACCCUCCAAAAUUCUCUGUGGUUCCUGGAGGGGAGUACAGGCAGGAGGCUGGAAGGGAACUUGUCAUCCCAUGUGAAGCAGAAGGAGAUCCUUUUCCGAAUAUCACAUGGAGGAAGGUAGGGAAGCCCAGUAAAAGCAAGCACAAUGUUCUGCCUCGGGGCAGCUUACAGCUGAGGUCGCUCACAAAGGAUGACCACGGGGAGUGGGAGUGUGUCGCCACCAACGUUGCCACAAGCAUCACUGCCAGCACGCAUGUCCAAGUCAUAGGCACAAGCCCCCACGCCCCCACAAGCGUCCGCGUCGUAACCUCCUCCACCUGGGCCAACAUGUCCUGGGAGGCUAGCUACGACGGAGGCUUCCAGCAGACAUACUCAGUCUGGGUUACGUUCAGAGCAGUUGUAAGACCGCAGAAAUGGGGAAAGUACAAGGAAAUCCAGUUUCAGCUGAAGAGGGAGCGUUUAGGUCCACACGACUGGGUUUCCAUACCAGUACCUGGAGGCCAGGACUGGAUGGUGGUGCCGGGCUUGGAGCCAGAGACAACGUACCAGUUUAGUGUCCUGGCCCAAAAUAAGCUUGGCACAGGCCCCUUCAGCGAGGUCGUCACUGUGAACACUCUAGUAUUUCCUACAAGUACCCCUGAACCAUUGGUGCUGCUUACCCCACCACGGUGCCUCACAGCCAAUCGCACGCAGCAGGGAGUCCUGCUCACCUGGAUCCCACCUGCCAAUCACACAGCACCUGUCCAGCAUUAUGUAAUGGAGUUCCGUCUGGGGGAACGAUGGGAGAUCUUGGAUGACAGCAUUCCUGCAGGAGAGUUGGAGCUGCUCGCCCGAGACCUUAUCCAGGAGGCCUGGUACGAGUUUCGCGUCACGGCCGUCAUGGACGACAUGGUCAGCGAGCCCAGUAACGUCGUGGGAGUGUCCAGCACAGAUUUCUUCCCCCCUCCAGAGAUGGUGGAGGAGCGUGGACUGACGCGGCCUGUGGUGGCUGGCAUCGUGGCCACCAUCUGCUUCCUGGCUGCAGCCGUCCUCUUCAGUACAAUGGCUGCCUGCUUUGUCAACAAGCAGCGCCGGAAGAAACUCAAGAAGAAAAAAGAUCCCCCUCUGUCCAUAACCCACCUCAGAAAAAGCAUGCAAACACCGUCAUCUUCAGGAAAGGUGAGUCCGGAGAGCAUACGUUCAAAGGCAUCUCCAUCAGAGUCGUCUGAAGAGAGUCAUGACCAGCGUGGAAGGAAACCUCCUCCCAGUCCAGGAAGGAAAGAAGAGUUAUCCUUAUACAAGAAGACCAAAAGAGCAAUAACAAGCAAGAGGUACAUGUCCAAGCAUGAAGCUGAACCAACAACACCUAUUGAACUUAUCAGUCGAGGCCCAGAUGGACGAUUUGUCAUCGAUCCCACUGAUGCAGUGUCAAUCAAGCCCCGCCGUAUCGAGGGCUUCCCCUUUGUGGAAGAAUCAGACCUUUACCCAGAAUUUCGGCAAUCGGAUGAAGAGAAUGACGAUCCCAGGCCUCUUCCACCAGUUAUGGCACCGCUUCGGCCUCACCAGAUUUCCCCAAUCUCCAGUCAGGAAUCUUACCUCCAGCCUCCAGCCUACAGUCCUCGUUUUCACAGGCCUUUUGAAGGUAUGACCAUCAUGGAGAGCAGUCAACUCCAUGCCACGAGACAGAUCCGAGGCGCUCUCCACCAUAGAGCUUUCUAUGGCUAUCUGGGACCACCCGGAGAUCAUGAUCCCCCACCUCCUUUCUACAUGCCUGAUACCAGCCCUCUGAGGUCGGUCAUGUCCUCUCCCCCAUACUUUGCUGAGGGUCCUUUUGCACACCACAUGAUUCCUGAAGAAAUCGGAGAGGGUGAAUUUCCACAAUACGCUGUGUCCGGCUUCCCACUCCCUCUGACACUGACCUCUUCUUCUCAUUCACCAGAGAUUUGGCAGGGACUAGAUUUUACCUUUUCAAGUCUGGAGGGGCCUCAAUUUAUAUUCCCCCCACACCACCCGCUGCAUACUCGCCAUGAUCCUCCCUAUGCCUCUCCACCUCAUGUUCUUCCCCUUAGCGCUUUCCAGCAUUCUUCUCUUCCAAUGCCUACCUAUCCAACGGUCCUGCCACUUGAGGCCCCAAGUGGCAGGACGUCAAAGAGUCAUAAAAGCAAGUCUCCCAGCAAGGCCAGGCCUCAUGGCUCCCCAGCCAGGCAUUUAGCUAUGCAAGAGGCACAUUUAGGGCAGCUAAGACCUUCAGGCCAUAGUAUGGGUGUGCCAGUUUUGUCUUAUACUGAUCCAAUGGCUCAUAUCGUCCCCAGCACAUUCAGUAAUCUGGAUACACGAUGGUUUGAAACCACCCCCCGUUUUAGUCCCAGACAGACUCGUAGGAUGGAUUCUGGUUUGCAUCAGGUGGUUCUUCAACCCUCUCGACUUUCACCCCUUACCCAAAGCCCCCUUAGCUCUCAAGAGGGCUCCCCAGAGAUUGUAGUGCGCCCACGCCCACGUCCAAGCAUUGUGCAGCCUCCCAUACCCCCAGGGAUGUCAGAGAUUACCCUGCUUCCACCGUCCACAGCCAGCUUUUCAAGGAGAUCAUCCCCAUCCUCAUCACCUGCUCAUGGUCAGGGUAGCAGGAGAACAAGCCCCAGCUACCGUUCCCACAUGGCUUUUGCCACCGCUGCAACCAGUUACCCAGCUUCCCACUCCCCAUCGCCCCCCAUGGAAAGCAGCAGCAUAUUUGGGCAAAUGCCAGCUCAUAGGAGGACUGAGGAGGAGAUCCUUCCAUCUGAGCCCUCUCCACCCCAGUUGUCAGCUUCAGGAAAACGUCGAGGUGCGUCGAGAGCCCAUUUGGGGUUUGAGAGGAGUGAUGCACUGAGAUACCAGCGUGUUAGAAAGGCCAAGAAGAUGACGAUGAACAACAACAACUCAAAGACCAGAAAGAAAGCAGGUGUCUCCACCUCUCAGACCCAGCAGGCCAACACCUCUCAGGUACUCCAGCCCGAAGAAGCGCUCUACCUCUGCAAGAAGAAGAAACGGCCCAUUCUUCAUGAUCCGUAUGCUCGCUUUUCUGCUCUGCUGUACCGCCGUCCACCGCGGGAGGACCAGAAGGCCAUUUUAGCAAGCAUGGACAACAUGGACCUAGACCAUGCCACCUUCCUCUGAAAGGCCCCCGGGGAUGAGAUCACAACCAGGGACAGGCUCCCAUUACCAUUCCAUCAAUACACUGCAGUAGCUGCGUUCCAGCUAGACAAGACAGCAAAGUCAGUGGAAUGUCUUUAUUUCCAUUAUCUACAAAAUGGAGACAACAGUACAUGUCAGAGUACAGAUUUAGUGCAAUCUGUAGGUUCACACUUGUUUUAUUGAAUUUGCAUUUAUCAUUGGAUUGCUGUUGACAAUAACCUAGAGUACUCUAGGGUGUAAACUGAACAGAGACUUCUAAAUUAAACAUUUUCUAGUAAAAAAAAAAAGAAAAAUUAUAUUCUAGUACAAAUCAGUUUGUCUCGGUUUACUUUAACUAAGAGUAGAAUGGAAGAGAAUCUAGAGUGAUCUCCCAGAUUGGAGUUGUAGCUGUAAGAUAGUUCCUGUGGAAAAAAGUCUGGACGAUUUGUUAAAAACUGUACCGCUAGGGACGCGCCGAGGCACAAACAUAUUCUGCAUCAUUUUAAAUCAGCUAGCACAUCCUUCUGAAAGUAACUUUACUGAUUUUGAGAUUCCAAUUGAGCAUUUACUCCAGUGCAAAAGUCAAAAUCUUACAAACAAGUGGCGGGACUUUAUCUCUCAACACUGUUUUCCCCAAAGUUGUUCCAGAGUCCCCUUUGUUCCGUUGUCCAUUGGAGAGUCUAAAUGAUUCAUGCUAAGCUGAGCUGGGUCUGUUUCCUGCUGACUCCAGUCUCCCUCCCACAUCUCCGUUUACAGGUCCUUCUAAUGAAUUCUCUGCCUCACAUAUAAGGAUGAUCUUACUUCCUACCAACUUUACCUCAGAGCACACGAGACCACAGAGCCACUGGAGUCAACCAGCUCAGCUCUUUGACUUCUCCUGUCUGAAUAAGAAACACUCUUUCUUCACUCCUGCAAUGCUGAAAAUGUACAUUUCCUCUGUUUUUAAAGGGGCCAUAUAUUUCCUGUUCAGCUAAUCUACGUCAGAAAAUGCCGAAGCUAACCAGAAGCUGACAUAUUCUCAGCUUUUCUGCUCUGCUGUAAAUAAUCAGGACAAGAACUUUCUUGUUUUAGGAAUGUCAAAGAAGCAGAAAAAAAACAAAAAAAAAACAACAUUUAACUUAUUUCCUCGCUCUAAACUACACUCUUUAUUUGUUAUAAUCCAGUCCAUUGGGAUGCAUUCGAAAGCCAAAUCAGAUGUGGAGACAUGGCAUUUUCAACCAUCACGAUAGAAGUCGUUACGUUUAGUAGGAAGUCGUAUACAUGCUUCGUUUACAAGAGCUUCUUCUUAAACAAGUGCAACUUUUGUCGGACAGCUCUUUGCACUGGAGCAAAAUCUUAUCAGUUCCAUUACAUUUGCUUUUUCCAUUUCUUGCGCCACUGAGGGCUCCAAAUUCUGUUGAGAAACUCUUUGCCAAAAGUUUUAUUUAAAAUCUGAGUAGACAUUGGAGGAUAGGAUUUUGUAAUUUGGUAUAUCAGUGUAAACAUAAACAACACACUGUUUUCUUUGGCCUGAGAAAUACCUUUUUGCCUGUUUUACUUAGUAGUGUGUUUUUUGUUUUUGUUUUUUUUUUAAAUUGUGCUCUUUUUUUCUUCUUCUUAUGUGAGUCGAUCUGUGUUCAGAGAAAAGCAGAUCUCAUUUAAGGUAAAACAAAGUGAGCCAAAAGGUGUGUUUAGCUGCAUUUUCCACUGGCACUAGCAGCGCUUUAUUGCUUAUCUCUGUCUGCGUUUUGUGUAAGACUGCAUGAGAAUAAGGACACUCAAAGAGGACUUUCCAUUUACAACAAGGUGCCAUAACUGUAUCAACUGCAUCCUACUCUGCACAUUCUGCUGCUUCAUGGUACUAACAGUGGACGCGUGCAGCAACAAUUAGCCUGACAUUGUCUUUUUUUCUUUUUUCAACCUCAACGGUGCUCAGUUUCUUUGAUUUGUGCAAGUACUUUAAAAUCUAUGGGGACAUUUGUUGUGAAAAUGUCUCAUGUUGGAUAUGCAUUUUAUUAGAUUUUUUGUGUGAUCUUAAGCUGCUGGUCCUGCAAAGCCUUCAGACGUUUGUCAUAUCUCUGUUGUUUUGAUUUAUUUCGUCUGGUUAAUGUAUUUCCACAGUACAUGCAGACAGGAGCGCUAACCAUGGGCUAAUUGGGAAAAUAUAUAUUUUUUAAAAAGUAUAGUGAAAAUAUAUUACAAACGUUCAUUUAAAUUUUCAUCAAACUAACAAUAUAACUGUUGGUGCGAAGCCUCUGCAAAGCAGAUGAUCAAACAAGAUGCACAGGUUUCAGGUCACGUCUAAAUAAAUUAGAAUGUCCUGGUGUCACAAAGAGUGAUAUAUUUCUAUUAGUUGAAAUAAUUAUGGCUUAAAGCAAAUGAAAAUCCAAAUAUAUUGAAUUUAACAAAAAUGACAAAGAGGAGUUGUUCUAAACCAGACUCUGGACGGGGGAGAAUCUGCUGCUAAACAGAUCUGCAAAAGGAAAAUAAGCUGUGAUUGUUAAAAACCGACAGCGUGGAGCUGGUUAUCUCCAGGAAGUGCAGCUGAUGACCACAGAGCAGUGACACACAACAGCUGUCACAAACUGGUUUUGUUGGCGGACACUAAACAAUGGAAAGUCAGAUCGGUACAUCCCUUCCAAAGACGGGUAGACCCCUGAAGUUCAUUGGUGUAUUGCUGAGAGCUGUAGAGAGCAGAAGACUUCCUUAACGUCUGAUGUUAAGGAAUCAAGAAUCAGAGGCUGGUAACACUGCAUUGAUGUAGAAAUUCACACAUCAGGAGAUCCAUCCAGUUACCGACUAAAAGUUUGUUCAUAUACUGUGCGGUACAUGUAAACGGGACCCAAUUUCUGCAUUAAAAAUGUCCACUUUGUUAAUAUUAUGUAACCCAGCAAUUCUGUUUUACUAAAUUUUGGGUUUUCAUUUGCUAUAAGGCAUAAUGAUCAAAAUGAACAGACGUAAAUGCCUACAAUGUAUCGAUUAGGAUUUAAUGAAUCGCUCUAAUGCUCUUGUGUGGAAAUGUGCCUCCACAGAUGUCAUCUAGUGUGGAAAUAACUUGGAAUUGUUUUAACAAAUGUAAAUCCUCAACCUUGCUACAACAUUACUAUUAUUGUCAACGGAGAUCAAGCAGCAACAGCUCGUCAACAGCUAAUCGUUGGCGACAUCCUUUUGCGCUCUGAGGUAUUCUAAGGCCUAGUUCAAACACAACACUGUUUUCACAUUCUGAUGUGAUGGUGAUUGAUCACAGGUGCUUCAGCAGUGGUGUCAAACAGGGGCUCUUAAAUCAGCUACAGGUGCUACAAGAGAAGCUGACAGAUCCUUCCAAAAAAAAGAGGACAAACUCCAUGUCCGGUACUGUAGUUUUCUAGUUCUGGAGGGGAAAUAAGAGGAUGUUGGAAGUCCUGAUUGGAUUCAAACUCCCAUCGGAAAGGGGAGCUAAAACCAGUAAAACUGAUGUUGCCGCCAUAAUAAAAAGGAAUGUACUGCUGUUAAAAGAAAAACAGGGUGUCUCAGAAUCUCUUUUGUUUUGAUUGACUGUCACGAUUGGCUCCUUUUGGGAGAGCAGGGUUGUGAAUCCGGUGGUGGGAUUUGCAGACACUUUUGAAAACCUGCAGCAGUCAAAGCAGAUACGAGAGUGAUGCAUAUGAAUUUCCUCACUGAGGUGUAGUUAUGUUUUACAGUAUGGCAGUUUAAUUGUGGCGUAUUAGAUAAAGUCAAACUGUCCUCAAAAUAAUGAAAACCAGGCUACAGUUAAAAUCUAUACAAAUUUCACAUAGCCUGCAUUAGCAGCAAACAUAUAUGUAUACACUGUUUGUACGUGUGUGGUAUUUACACAGUGAGGUUCUUUUAAAAUUCUGUCUGAAGGGCAAGUCGCAUCAGAACUUGUUUUUUGAAUAGUAGUUUUGAGGUUUUGUUUGUCUUGGAUGGCAGGAUUCAUAUUCAGACUGAUCCCAUCCGUCUUUGCAGGAUUGCAGACAUUGGAGACCUUUGCCACUCAUCGCUGUGGCAACAGAAAUCUGAGUUUUGGUCAAAAAACGUCCAAGCUAAAAGCAUUUUAGAUUUAUAAUUCAGGCUAAAAAAAAAUUAUUUAAUACUGUGUAAAUAUCUCAAAAGAGCUUACCAUAAGAUAUAUAUAUAUAUAUAUAUAUAUAUAUAUAUAUAUAUAUAUAAAUUAAUAUAUUUUGUAGAGGAAAACAUGAUGCACAUCAGAACUGAGAGUGAGAACUGAGUAGUGUACGGUCUACUUCAGUGACACAGUGUAACAUGGUGUGAUAUCAGUGUCUUUACUGUAUGUGAGUGCUUAAAAAUGAAAUACUAGAAAUUAGCGUAGGCAUUUAAUAUCAAUCUAUUAUCCUAGAGAGAAGACCACACUUGCGUUGGAAGCUAGAUUAACGGGAUGGUCCUUGUUUUCAAGAAUGUAAAAGUCAAUAUCCUAUUAUUUUUGUACUCAUACGUUGCUUUGUACCGUAGCAAUGCAGAACUGUAUCUAAGCUCUUGAGUUGUUCAGAAGAGAAGAAAUUGGUGCACCGAACUGUACUGUAUAUCUUUUUGUCUACAAAGAGAUCCUCAUGUAAAAAAUAGACGGUAAAUUCGUUUUUAUAGUGCGUGUGAAUAGCAGAUAUAUCUAAUUAUUUAUGGGCAACAUCUUACCAUACAGAUAAUUGAUUUUCCAUAAAAAACUUAGUUUGUUUUGCUUUUUUUUAUUUAUUUUUUUUAAAAAUAUAAAUAUAGAUAUUUCUUGGCAUGAAUUGUGAUUUAUUUUCCAUUCUAUUGGUGCUCUCCGCCUGUAGAAGCACUGAGAUCCAAAUGCAUUUUGGGGACAGCACCACAUUUAACAAGAGUUUCCGAUGUAAUGUUUGUGUUUGCAGUGAAAGACGCAGCGUUUCUCGACACCGACUUGAAUUGAUCCAAUAACUGUCGGUUCAGUUCCAGCCAGGAGCAUGUGCAAGUUAGCCAACGUUUAUCCGCGCCCUUUUCUCGAAAGUGGAGGAGGAGCACCGCAGCAGCCGCUAAAUGCUACGCCACGCUCUCACUUCAGUGCUGUAAAUUGCCAAAAAAAGAAAAAAAAAAGAGACAACCAUAAACUUCAUUAUAACAA